GGGUAAAAUCAACACAAUAAAAAGAGUAAUAAAAGUCAAAAGACCUACAUCUAAAACCAAAAACGCAUGGACUAAACCCAAUGACAACUAAUCGUUUUGGACUUAGAUCUAAGAAUCCCUCUCCAAAAAAAGGGUAUCGUGGUCAUAGAGAUUGAGAAUCCAUGUCAAACUCUCCAUCUCUAUAAAUCCCCACCCAUAGAGAUCAUAAAACACAAACCAAUAAUCGCAAACCAAAAUAUUGCUACAAAUGGCAAUCCCAACGCUUUCAAGUCUCAUGCUGCUUUCAACUCUUUUUGUAAUAUCCAUUUCUUGGCAAGCUUCAGCUUAUUCAGCUCCUGAGAAGUUUGUUCAAUGUCUUCUAAACCAUUCCCAGCCCUCUUACCCCAUCGGUCCAGCAAUUUACACUCCCAACAAUGCUUCCUACUCCUCCGUUUUGAAAUCUUACCUCCGAAACCUCCGAUUCAACACAUCUUCAACCCGAAAACCGUUCCUCAUCGUCACUGCUUUGCAUGAAUCUCAUGUGAAACUAUCUGUCAUUUGUGCUCAAGUCCAUAACUUGCAGAUGAAAAUUAGAAGCGGAGGCCACGAUUACGAGGGUGUAUCGUACGUGGCUGAAGUUCCAUUCUUCAUCCUCGACAUGUUCAAUCUUCGAUCCAUCAACGUAGACAUAAAAUCUGAGACUGCAUGGGUGCAGGCUGGGGCUACUCUUGGUGAAGUUUACUACAGAAUCUCUGAGAAAAGCAAAAUUCAUGGCUUUUCAGCUAGUGUUGAGCCUACAGUUGGCGUUGGAGGCCACUUUAGUGGCGGUGGAUAUGGUAAUAUGAUGAGAAAGUACGGCUUGACAGUUGACAACGUAGUUGAUGCACAAAUUGUGGAUGUGCAUGGAAGACUUCUCGAUCGAAAAGCCAUGGGAGAAGAUCUUUUUUGGGCCAUUACAGGAGGUGGCGGAGCUAGCUUUGGAGUUGUGAUUGCGUACAAGAUUAAUCUUGUACGUGUUCCAGAAAUAGUUACUGUUUUCAACGUAACGAGAACCUUGGAACAAAAUGCAACAGAGAUCGUGUACCGUUGGCAAUAUGUUGCGGACAAGCUUGAUGAUGACUUGUUCAUCAGGCUAACCAUGGUUAUAGUAAAUGGUAGUGGUGGAGAUAACAAUAAGACUCUGAGUGCUUCAUUUAUGAGCAUGUUUCUUGGAGACUCUGAGAGGCUUCUCUCUGUGAUGAAUAAGAGCUUCCCUGAAUUGGGACUUAAGCAAUCUGAUUGCAGGGAAAUGAGCUGGGUUGAAUCUACCGUUUUCUGGGCACCAUUCCCAUAUGGGACAUCUCCUGAACGUUUGCUUUCUAGAACACCUCAAUUCCAUAAACACUUCAAGAGGAAAUCAGACUACGUCAAGAAACCGAUUCCGAAAGCUGGCUUGAAGUGGAUUUUUCAGAAGAUGAUAGAACUUGUUUCUCCAGCGUUGGCCUUUAACCCAUAUGGUGGAAGAAUGGGUGAGAUUUCGGCAUCUGCAACUCCGUUUCCUCACAGAGCUGGGAAUCUUUGGAUGGUUCAGUAUGCAACAGACUGGGACGAAGAAGGGAGUGAGGCAUCUGAACACCAUAUUGAUUUGACAAGGAAGCUCCACAUGUUCAUGACUCCUUUUGUUUCCAAGAAUCCAAGGGAAGCCUAUUUCAACUAUAAAGAUCUUGACAUUGGGAUCAACCAUAAUGCUAAUGGCAAGGCAAGCUAUUUGGAAGGAAGAGUUUAUGGUAUCAAGUACUUCAAGGAUAAUUUCGAUCGGUUGGUGCAUGUUAAGACCAAGGUCGAUCCAAGUAAUUUCUUUAGGAAUGAACAAAGUAUCCCAACUCUUCCGUACUAGGGAGGAAGUAUAGCUAUAGCUAGCUAGCAUUGUGACCAAGGAUUUGAUUGAUAGCUUGGGAUUAAGUAUGUACAUCUUUGAUUAUAUUUACCAAAGGAACUUAUGUGUCUAUAUACUUAAUAAAGAAAUAAAAAGGAAGAAAAUUAAUUCCAAAACUAUGUUACAUGGUUCAAAGAAAUUGCGUAGAAGAUUGCAACUUGUAACAAGAGUUUGAUUAUAACUCUUUCCUAAAUUGGUUUAUAGGAUUUGACCUUUUUUAAUUAACUUUACAAAAUUUGAAUUAUAUGUUGCAAUUAAACACAUUCGGGAAUUAGAACCAAGGGCGGAACUACACUAUGGCUUAGGUUGGGCUCUAGCCUAGUGCAAAGUUUGGGGAAAAAAAAAAAAAAUUAGUACUAAUUUUCAAGCAUUACACCACAUUUUACAAAAAUUAACCCAGCCCAUCUAAGCAAAAAUUAGCAUAUCAUAUCCAAGCAAAUCUCCAUUUAGCUAUACCUCAGAGAUUUCAAGUUUCAAGUUUGAGAAAAUGAAUAAAAUUUUAUUUAAAUCUUUACCGGUAUAAGAAAUA